GAGCAACGGCAGCUCUGCUCCACACUCACCACCAGAUGAAGCUCUCAGGGCACUCAGGAUUGCUCUUGCCCUGACACACAGCUUGACCAUGUCGAUGCACUGUCACUUCGAGAGCAUGCAGAACCUGAGGCACAUACAGAGGCACGUGAAGCUGCUGAACCUGCGCCUGCAGCUGCUCCGUGAGAGGCUGUGUGCAGCCCGCCUGCACAGGUGCACCCUUUCCUGCUGCUGCCUGCCCCAGCCCUGCCUCCGGAGAAGGUGCAUCUCAAGAUAUGAGAGAAUGAAAAGACUUGGCAGGAUGUUGAACUCAUGCUCUGGUCAAAAUUUGGCUUUGAUCGAUGUGAAGGGGUUUGACCCCAGGGACAUCACGGUAACGGUGAAGGACGGGAAGGUGACCGUGUCAGGGGAGCGCAAGGUGGAGUGCAACACCGGCUUGACAAAGACAUGUAACUACAAAAAGUUCAUUAAGGAAUUCAGCCUGCCGCCAGGGGUGGAUGACAAGGAGGUGACCUACUCAGUGGAAUCCAAGUGCCCCAGAGAGAUUGAAAAACCACCCAAGUGCUGCCCUUUUCUCUGCAACUACUGAGCUGCAGCAGGAAGCCAAACCAGGCACAGCCAUUCCCCUGCCUCACUCCUUCUCUCCAUCACAUUUAGAUCUGUCCCAGUAACUGUGUGUCAGCAGCUUCUCUUACCUCUUCCAUUAAAGAAAACAGCAUUCUGA